AUGUUCAAGAAUAGAAUAUCGGUGGUAAGUCGAGCCCGAAACGUGGGCAAAGGAAGCAGCUUACAACUGUCGUCAAGUGCUGACGAAAAUAAUAGUGGUGGUGAUAAACCAACACUCAGCCCAUGCUUGAUGACAUCACUUCCAUCCGGCUACGGUUCGCCUUCGGUUUCAACGGCAGUUGCUAUAGACAAGGUGUCCACAAUGGAGGUCUCCGAUUCGACUAACCUGGGAGUGUGUGUUAAGGAAAAUUUCUUUGCAAUCGACGAUAGUGGCGAAAUACGGGAGAACGAAUUGUUGCUGGAGGACGAUGAGGACGGCGACAUUACGAAAGAUCUCGAUUUUGCAAGCAAACCUUCCCCGUCGUUGUUUUCGGUUACAUCAUCGAGCACUCCGCGCACGCGGUUGCCAAUCGGCCAUGAGCAAACAAUUGGAAACGGAUUCGCACCGAACAUUACAAAAGAAUUUGAAGAGUUAAGCGCACAGCAGAGUAAUAUGAACGGGAUGACAACGCACGCCGGUUCUGCAUCGGACUUUCUUGUUCCCGAAGGGGCGAUAACACCGCUACCCGUUAACAGAUGGGUUGUUCCAGAAACGCCAGAAACAACUGGGCAACUACCGGGGAAGCUAUUACCCGUUGACUCGGUAAAGAUUACGGCCAGAAAGUUUCAGCGUAGAUCUAUUUCGUCUGCCAUCGACGACCUAAAUGAGAUGUCGGCCGAAUUGUUGCAAUUUGUAAAAUCCUUCGAGGAGAAGUAUGCCAUGCCCAAGCAAUAAUUUGCUUAUUACUUGUAUCGU